UUCCCCAGGCAGGCCCAUAGCCAGGGGGGGUUCAGGGUUCGGGUGGUUCUAGCGAACCCUCUCACCCUUGCCAAAAAUUCUUUCAAAAUCAUGCAAUUUUUCACCAUUCUGGGCAAUUUUCAAGUGAUUUUGGCCAUUUUUGGGGCAAAAUUGUCAAAAGUGAAUCCCCCUAGAAAUUUUUAAAAAGUGAACCCCCCUUGGCAAAUCCUGGCUACAGGCCUGCCAGGUAAAUCAAUUAAUUCAACUUUAACCAUAUAAAGCGACAUAAACCUUGAACAUUAUGGAACAUUCAAAUUAAGUAUUAUUUGGAAUUAUAAUAUUUAUUCAACCAAAUUUGUAAUAAGCAAAAUGAUGAGAAUUGCAGGUUUAACUCCAAUGAGGACUUAUACUCGAACAUAUGUGUUUGUGGUUUUGCUCAUAACGACAUGUUACCUGAUGAGCAUGAAAACUCAGCAACAGAGCAAGGAAACAAAGCCUCUGCAUACAAGUGACUCACAUGUUGUACAAAUGAAAGACAAAGUGCAGCCUCAUAGCCGGGAUAUUCAGAGGCUAAACAACCAAAGAGGACAUUCCCGUAUCACGAUUAUGGAGAAUAAAAAUAUCAAAGUGAAAGAAUUGAACAACGAAGCAGGAGAACAUGACUCAGAUGCCAAACUGAAAGACACUGAUAUAAAAGAAACAAAUAAUCGUGUUAGUGAUUCCCCAGCCCCAUCAAAGCCAGAAAAAGACGAAGCGGAGGAAAGCAAGAAUCCACCAGGAGGUUUAGACACUGAUAAACAGCAAAUAGAUGACACAACAGAAAUAUCUAAUGCUGCAACAAGCAACGCAGACCAGAUUAAACCAGAGGUAGUCCCAGAUGCAAUGAUUGCUGGGAUAAAGAAAUGUGGGACAGGAACAGUGACGUCAUUCUUGUCCAAUCACCCAAACUUAACCCUCACCCACCACGAAGAGUACUUUAUAUCUCCCAAGCAAAUACCAGUUUGGUACGAAGAUUGGCGGAUUGCUAACUUCUCUACAUUUACACCACACGACCAUGUGCUGAUAAACAGAUGUACAAUGUGUUUCCAAAGUCUGAGAGCAGUUGAGAAAGCAUGGACACUGAACCCAAAGUUAAAACUAAUAUUCAUGACGCGUGACCCGACAGAAAGGAUUAUGUCUGACUAUACACAGUAUAACACACGUGCAAUCAAAAAACAAAAUUCCACAUUACCACCCGUAGAAGAAAGUGAUAGAAUACUUGACAAAGAUGGAGAAGUAGAUGAGAAUUCUGGUUUAAUAACAACAAGUUCCUACAUCAAACAUAUCAAAAAAUGGCUACAAGUUUUUCCGAUUGAACAAAUGUAUUUUGCUGAUCACAACCUUUUUACUUCACAACCCUGGACAGAACUUCAAAAUUUGGAAAAAUUUCUCAAACUUCCAGCAUAUUUUGAAAAGUCACAAUUUGUUCCAUCAGAAUCGAAGAGUUUCUAUUGUUUUAAAAACUGGUGUCCUGCCAAGGGGAAAGGGAGGGACCAUGUAGAAACAUCACAAGAUGUACUUAUUAAACUAAGGACAUACUUCAAACCACUAAAUGAGGCAUUGUUUCAACUUUUAGGAAAGAAAAUGGAUUGGGCUUAAUCAAAUAUGUUUUUUUUUAAAUAUUUGAACUUCUUUUUUGAAUAAAAAUAAGUAUUUGUAAUUCAUAUAAAAAUGAGUAUUUGUAAUUCAUGAGGUACUCAACUUAACUUCUAAAAUACAUUAUCUUUCAACACCAUUCAAUGGAUUGAGCACAUAUUAAACUGUCUAAUCUUAAUGCUGCUGGGAUUAGCCAAAAGUGUUUAGAUUGGCAGGUGUUCACACCAAAUAAUGGGACUGGGAAAAAUGUUCACAUUCAAAGGAUAUA